UGAUGACUACAAGUCAACAUGGCGGACGAAGAGAGAGUUUUUCGAAUGUUUGUGAUUGAUGCUUUUACAAGUAAGCCUUUUUGUGGAAAUCCAGCCGCAGUUUGCCUCGUGGGAUCAAAAGUGAGUUAUCUUUAGUCAUGUUCAGAAUUCACUUUGUAAGCCGGGUUGGCUUGUUUAAAACUGGAAGCUUAAACUUACGGCGUUGUGGCGCGGCGUGAAAGGUUCAUGAGUUUCAAAUUGGAUGCGAAAGAAAAUUGUGAGUUUCAUAAUUAAUAGGUUGUGCGUAAAUUUCUCUUUUGCUCUACCUACUAGUAAAUUAGUCAUGCACAUGAUCCUCAAUGUACUAUUUUAAUAGAUCUUAAUGAUUCCCUUGUGCAGCAACUAGAUGAUGAAAUAUUACAAAAGAUUGCCAAAGAAAUGAACUUGUCCGAAACGGCCUUCGUCCUGGAGAAAAAUGACCAAGAUACAUACGACAAAGGUCAGAACGUUGCUGCAAGUGUGUUUAUUUAACCCAUUAAUCUCUGAGAUCAAGAUACAAAUUCUCCAUGUGCAUGUUGUUCUUUUGUUUCAACUAGCCUUCAACUAGAGGCAUAUAGUGGGAAUGGCUGUCAAGGACAAACGCAGGCUGUGAUGCCUUGGUCUAAAGAUCUAAAAUCUAGAGCCUCUUGUUGCAUUCCUCCCUUCCCUUGUGGAAGAUUUGAGUGACUAAAGCCCCCACCCAUUACAUACAUAUAGUUGGUGGAGCAGGGGGAGCUGUAGCCCCCUCGCCUUUUGGUGCCAAAAAACACUUUUACGGGUGUACUCGACAUUACCUGUGACACCGGUGACUUCAGAGUGCACAUUUUCUGCUCUCAGACAACUCAAGAACUACCUUAGAAGCACCAUGAGGUAGGACAAAUGGGCUAAAUUCCAAACUAAGGCACAGAAAAGUUCAGACGUCAAUGUUAACCAGGAGAUUUGGUGACACAUAUGAGAGACCAGGAGAUUUGUGCUAUAUCUAGGAGAUUCCCUGAUAAUCCGGGAGAUUUUCUGUACAUGUAAACUUCAGGUAAUGCAUAACUUUGGUAACCGAAUGCAUAUAAUGAUGGUACAAUUUUUGUUCAGGUUCUUGUUUUGGUCUGCGCUGGUUCACUCCAACAUGUGAAGUUCCACUGUGUGGACAUGCAACACUGGCAUCAGCUGCAGUUUUGUUCAAUGUUUUGGGUGAGUGUAUGGUAAAUUAAAUCCAGUGAGACUUUCUUUAUUAUCAUAUUUACUUCAAUAGGUAUCACAGGUUCACUGCCUUGAAAGAAGCACAAUCUCCCCUAAAAUAAAUGCAAUUAACACGAGGCCCCAGUUGCUCAAAUGUUGGAUGUUGCUAUCCACUGCAUAAAUCACUAUCUAGCGGAAGUAUUACGGAAACCUAUAACACUACAUAUAUUCAAUGGAUAGAGAUUUAUCCACUGGAUAGGAUAGCGUUAUCCUCUUUUGAAAAACUCAGCCCAGGUCUUGUUCUUGUAAAUAAAGCUACCAUUUCCUUAGCCAGCUAUUAAAAUGUUACUUUGUCAGUCUUAUCUAGUUUUUUUUUUUUUUUUUUUUGCAUUUGCAGAGUAUCCUUACCUCUUUUUAGCACUUUGUCAACACUUGCGAACAAUGUGACUAUUUUUUUAAAGUGGGAGAAAUGCUGUUUCCAUUUCAUGUUUUUCAUUUAGGUAACGCCAAUACAGAAAUAACAUUUGAAACUUUGAGUGGAAAUUUAAUGGCCAGAAAACAAGGUAAGUCUGAAAGGAAAGUGCACCAAACAUUAUGACAUGAUCACUUAAGCAGAUAUGAUAUUCUUUUUUGUUUUCUUUCUAGGUUCAUCAAUAUGCAUGGAUCUUCCAUUAAAUCCUUCUGAACCACUUUCUAAGGUAAACUGAUAUAACUCAAAUUUCAAUCUCCGUAUCAUAUUGUUUUUAAUUAGUUUCACGUGAACUGAAAAAAAUGUUAAAUAGCAAAAAGGGAGCACAUCGUCUUGUAGAAGACUAUGAAUAGUCCCCCAUUUGUCCUAAGGGAUAGUAGAGCAAGUGAAACCCGAGCGUGCGUGAAAAUCACCCCAUGUGAGACAAAGCGACAUGCCUCGCGUCUCGCCUUUCUCGCGUGGGGUGAUUUUCACGCGCGGUCACGCUUCGCUCGCUCUACUAUCCAUGAAGAAAAAUGGGGGACUACUCUUAGUCUAUCUUGUAGAAACACAAAUUUGCGUGUGUCGAACAAUUUCAUAGUGAUACAGCCUAGGAUAAGUCCAGUUAGCUUCUGUUUUGCCACUUUCAAGCAAUGUUGUCAAAAGGCUGCGCAAUUUACUUUGCUCCUUAUACAUGAUCAGUAUCAUAAUUGGUUCUUUCUUGGGCGUGACAGGUAGGACACUUAUUGUUAGGAACGCUUACCUCGUAGUUUUUAGUUUUAGGAGGGGUGCUUAUCGGAAGCUGGGUACACUUACUGUACUUAAUAGUUGCAAUAACUAAGUCAAUUACAAGCUUCCGAGUCACUUAAACAGAUACCUUUCUUGUUCUUUUAAACUGGGGUGUUAAGGAGCCUUCAUGACUGCAGUUGCUCGCCUGGAAAACGCGGAAGAAUAAUGCUUCCUCUGCACGCUUGGUUUGCGGAGAUGAACGUACAUCCAUAACCGUAACUUCGCCAUAACACUGGUAACUCCAAUGCCGUAAUGUCGUAAAUUCCGGGGAGAUUACUUUAAGCUUCUUUAAGGGCCGGAAUGAAAUCAGGAAGAAAGAACGGCCCGCGUGGGACACUUCCAUAAGAUCGGUUACCGCAAACUCUAUCACAUGUCACUUAAGGGAGACUUUGCCCCUUGGGCUGCCUGUGCAGACUAGAAUAAUCUGCUAAAGCGUUUAUGGUGGAGAAACCUGGUAAACUCAAACACCUCUCAAACAUCUGAAACGGGGUCACCUACAGCAAACAUUUCUAGAAGAUGACGAAAAGUGUGCUUAUGGAUGCGUACUACCGGUAGUGAUCAAGGGUAUACCGUUUCUGUUUUCUUUUUUAACAGGAGGACCAAACCAUCUCAAGAUUGAUUAAAACAGGUAUUCCUCAUCAGUCAUAAAUUGGACAUUUUAUGGCCGACAUCAGACUGGGUUGUUGUUGUGUCAGACAGCACUGUGGGAAUGUUUUGGGGAUACUAUUUCUUCAUUUAUUGGCUGUUACGAGCUUUUGCGGGAAACUGGGACAGAAUUCGUCCACCUUAAACAGUUCCACAACACUGAACCGGUGUUAACCCAGAUAUUAAGCAAAUCUUUUAUCUAUGACAUGAACUUGUAAUCAUGUUGUACAAGGUAGUUCAAACUUUUGAGUAUGUAAAUGUAGUUCUAAAAUGUGACUAUGCAAUUGAAAGAUACUGAGGUUCCUUUUGCUGUGCAAGGUUGUUUAAAUCUUUUGCUGCCACCGUUAAUCUAAAAUAGUUGGAGUUCCACUCUCCUGUCAGCUGUUUACUAUACCGUACUUAUAAUCUGUUGAGGAAGUCAAGAAGUCGGGGUCAACCGUACGCAACACCAAGAAGCUACAAGAAGUCGUUACUUGUAUUCACAUGAAAACAACUAAGCAAAAUUUACACCGUGCAGUUUUGUAUAGUUUUUUCUGCUCUUAACUUCUACCCCACUUUGCUAACGCUAUAUUUCUUUUCAUUUUUCUCCUUUUUAUAUUUAGUUGUAGGGGAACUUGCGGUAAAGGAAGUAGAAUACUCCAAAACAACCAAGAAACUCCUGCUAUGUUUGCAAACUUCCUUGACAAGGUCAGGCUGAAGCAGCAACAAGUAUUAUUCAUCAUUAAGAAUUUCCAUGAGCAAUUUAACCGUGUUGGUCGUCGUUUCAACGUUCUGGACGCCGUGACGUCUUGUUUAAACGAUCUAUAAUCUCAAUCAUUUUACCGUAGCUACCUUUCCUCAGGUCCUGUCGAGUUUCUUCUAUCUCCCUCAUCUCUAUUAAACGAUCUGUUUGUUGGGAGGGACCUUUCUAAUGCUCUAACACACAUCUGACAUUUGUGUGUUGGCUUCUAAUUUCUUUUUUGAGCCCACAAAGAGAUAGGAAAAACCCUUUGAAGUUGAUUCGUCAAGUUUGUGUUGGAUACACCCUCUCAUCAACAUCUCUCUUUCAGACCUGGUUUAUACCCGUGUCAACCUGUGUUAAUCCUAAUUACUAAUUUAACAACAGAAAUUUUAUACUAGUAUCUAAACAUGAAACUCGAAAAUGAUUCCAGGCGCAAAUAUCCGUCACCCAUCGAUCCUUCGGCAACCUCUCACUGUACAGAGUACGGCUCUAAAAAUCGUCUUUGCGAAUCGUCCCGUGUAACAUCACGUUUAAGCGGUCAGUUGGUCUUUUCGCAAGGAUGACCGCUUGAGACAGCUUUGACUGUAGGUUUGACAAGCGGAAUUCAGUGUGCAGGCAAAAGAAGCAUGGGUAAAAGCUGUUUCACGUGACCUCCUUUAUCGUUAUAUUUUCUUGAUGUUAAGACUGUUCUUUUAAUCAGGCACGACUUAGAAAAGCUCUCUCCAGACUUCCAGGCAAUGAUGUCAGCUCACUCGGGUGGGCUUGUCCGUGGUGUAAUUGUAACUCUUCAGGGGAAUGAGUCAAAUGGUUGCGUCGACAAUAAUGGAGCAGUGUACGACUUUGUUUCACGAUACUUUGCGCCUUGGGUUGGUAUUCCUGAGGAUCCAGUAACAGGUUAGUGAACUAGAGUUACAGGCCGCCCACGCUAUCUUUCUUAGCCUUCAUUGUUUUAGUAUUGUGAUUUGGAAAGCAACUUUGUCCAGAACUCGACAUGUCUAAUACCUCCUUCCGGUGAGAUGUAAGUCCCCAGCCGUAUCUUUUGACAGAUCGUGUCGUUCCUUUUAAAGACCCAUAAGUAGAGGCCUUACUCCUUUCUGUGAAAAUUAGCGUGGGACAAAGUUUCAUGUCCAAAGAAAACAAAGCCCAAGGCUCAAAUUGCUGCCGUUCACGGUAGCACUUUUCCAAAGCGGAAUUUAUUUAGCGUGG